AUGAGCGGAUACCUUCAUUCAGAUCCAUUCGAUAAAGGCACAUUGGCCGUCGGUACUAUUCACCACAUCUACUAUGAACAAUAUGGCAAUCCAGAUGGCAAGCCUGUACUAUUCCUCCACGGUGGACCAGGAGGCCAAACCUCCAAAGCAAACACAGCCUACUUCAACCCAAAAAACUACCGAGUCAUUCUCCUCGACCAGCGCGGCACAGGGAAAUCAACCCCGCAAACCGAACUCCGUGAGAACACAACCCCAGAGCUAGUAACCGACAUCGAAUCCCUCCGCAUCCACCUUAAGAUCCCAAAUUGGUAUCUUCUCUUUGGAGGGUCUUGGGGCUCAACACUAGCCCUCCUUUACUCCCAAGAAUACCCAGACAAAGUCGGCUCUCUUAUUCUCCGCGGUGUCUUCACGACACGCGACGCGGAGGUAAGCUGGAGUCGCGGUACCCUGGGCGCUGCAAAUAUCUUCCCCGAGGCAUGGGAGGCGUUUGUGGGAUUCCUUCCGGUGGAAGAGCAGAGCGAUCCGGUCGCCGCUUAUUAUAAACGGCUUACCGGGGCCGAUGAGGGGGUAAGGAUUGCUGCGGCGAGGGAGUGGAACCGGUGGGAUUUGAGUAUUGGGUCUCUGAGAAUUGAUCCAGAUGGGUUUUUGGGGCUGGAGGAUGUUGCAUGGAGCUUGAAGCAUGCGCUUAUGGAGGCGCAUUAUGCGGUGCAUCAUUUUUGGUUAGAGGAGGGGCAGAUUUUGAGGAGGGAGAACUUGGAGAAGAUUGCCCAUAUUCCUAGUAUGUCUAGUUUUUCGGGUGGCAUCGCGUUAGGAUCUGACUUUGCUUUAUAG